UUUUUUUCCAUUAUUACAAUUCUUUUUUCAAACUUUGAGUAGUAUAUAAAUGUUUUAUUAUAACCAUGAAUAGAAUGCGUAACAAAUAAACUGUCAUCGCCACUAUCAAACUGAAGGUGACAAACAACAAGAUCAAAUGUCUUCACCCGAAGUUAAUGAACCACCAGCGGACACCGUAGAAGCUGUUGCCGACGAUGGAGCGGCCAAACAAUCGCCAACCGUCGAUUUCCCAGAAAAGAAACGGUUGUCGAUCGAACCGCUGACAGCUUUCUCGGACGAAUCAUACGCGUGCGAUCGGCAAUACGCGAUCGUGCUCGCGCAACUCAUGUCAGUCAAAGAACGCGACAAAGUGUAUACGUGGAUCGACAGAAUAGACACGAUGAAGGACAGCGACGAUAUGCGCGAGGAACGUGACCUUUACUUAAAAUUUUUAACCGUUUCGCUGAAUAACGGCAAACUAGUGCCACCAUUCACCAAGGAUCCGCCAGCGGGAUUGCGCCCGCUCAGCACCAUCGUGCCAAGAUCCGUUUACAAUUUCAUCUUCAAGGGAAAAUACAACAACGGUGACUGUAACCAGCGUCCCUCCAAGGAAAUCGUUCACAAGCUCAGUCCGCCGGAUGAGGUCGAGCCUAGCCAGUUCUUCGCCCGGCAGCCAGUGCCGCAUAACGGUGGCCUCGUAUACGCCGCCGCGUUCAGCACCAAAAAAUGAAAAGAAACAAAAACACAAACCUAGUCAUAUUCUUGUAGUGUGUUUUAUAUAAAUAGCGUGUGCAGAAUAAAUAUUUCAAUGUAAUAUACUAUGGAUAAAUUCAAUUGCUGCGUGUGUAACUGUGUGAGAAAGGAUGAGGAAGGUUGGAAACACGAUAACGAUAUUCUGAAAGUUUCAACGUCUAACUCGACUAACUCCCAUAGCAAUUAAUAUUAUCCACUUUUAAUUAAAUUUAAGUCCAAUUUCGUGAUUUCAUAAACAUAUCAUUUCUUACCGAAGGUUUAAUAAUCAUCGAGUUUAUUCAUUUCACUCUUUUCCCCGCAUCAUGCGUAUACACUCAUUAAAACACAUGUUACUCAGUAGAGCAGUAGCGUAUGCAGGAUUUUAGUUCGGUUAAAGUUUUCAGUAUGGAUUGAUCAAAGACCCGUAGGGGGCUCCGCCAUGCACACC